AUCAGUUGUAUCGUAAAUACUUGACUGAUCAUUUUAUGUUUCUUCAUUCAGAAAAUCUAGCGAUGAUGGCAUAUCAUCCUGGGAUUGGAAAUUAAGGGGUGAUCGUUCAACAUACCAUGCUUUGUUUCCUCGAGCAUGGACUGUUUAUGAUGGUGAACCUGAUCCUGAAUUGAAAUUAUCUUGCCGUCAAAUAUCUCCAUUUAUUCCCCACAACUACGAAGAGAGUAGUCUCCCAGUCUCCAUUUUUGUCUACACUCUAGUGAAUACCGGAAAGGAAAGGGCAAAAGUCAGCCUAGUAAUGACCUGGGCGAAUUCUAUUGGUGGACUUUCACAUCAGUCUGGCGGUCAUGUAAAUGAACCAUUCAUUGGAGAAAAUGGAAUUUCUGGUGUUCUCCUACAUCACAAGACUGCCAACAAUAAUCCUCCAGUAACAUUUGCUGUUGCUGCACGUGAAAACCAAAAUGUUGAUGUCACAGUGUUGCCAAUUUUUGGGCUUUCUGGAGAAAGUUCAGUCACUGCUAAGGAGAUGUGGGGCACAAUGGUCCAGGGUGGUUGCUUUGACCGAGAUAAUUUCAAUGCUGGCCCCAGCAUGCCUUCUUCAGUGGGUGAUACAGUUUGUGCAGCAGUUUCUGCUUCAACCUGGGUUGAACCACAUGGAAGAUGUACGGUUGUAUUUGCGUUGGCUUGGUCUUCUCCCGAGGUUAAAUUUAAGAAGGGAAGUAGGUACCAUAGGAGAUAUACGAAGUUCUACGGAACUUCUCCAAGAUCUGCUAUAAACCUGGCGCAAGAUGCCUUGAUGAAGUACAAGCAUUGGGAAGAGGAAAUCGAUAAGUGGCAGACCCCAAUUCUCCGUGAUGAGAGGCUUCCAGAAUGGUACAAAAUUACUCUCUUCAAUGAGUUAUACUUCCUAGUAGCGGGAGGAACUGUUUGGAUUGACAGUGAUUUGAGUUCAAGUCUACCUGAGGACAGUGAUUUGCCACUUCAUAACAGCACUUGCAACUCUACCGUUCCACUUAUUGGUUCUAGCCCACCUGAUUUUGAUGACAAAGAAAAUGUUGGGAAGUUUUUGUACCUUGAAGGAGUGGAGUACUUCAUGUGGUGCACUUACGAUGUACACUUCUAUGCUUCAUUUGCUCUGUUGGAUCUCUUUCCUAAGAUUGAGCUGAGUAUUCAACGGGACUUUGCUAGAGCUGUUUUGCGUGAAGAUAGAACUAGAGUCAGAUUUCUUGCUGAUGGUACAUGGGGCACACGCAAAGUAAUUGGUGCUGUUCCCCAUGAUCUCGGAGCACAUGAUCCUUGGCAUGAAUUGAAUGCAUACAAUAUACAUGAUACAAGUAGAUGGAAAGAUCUGAAUCCCAAGUUUGUGCUCCAGGUUUACAGGGAUUUUGCUGCAACAGACGACAUGUCAUUUGGCAAGGAUGUCUGGCCUGCAGUUUGUACUGCUAUGGAAUACAUUGAACAGUUUGAUCGUGAUGGUGAUUGUAUGAUUGAGAAUGAUGGUUUUCCUGAUCAAACUUAUGAUGCUUGGACUGUUCUUGGAGUAAGUGCCUACUGUGGUUGUCUUUGGCUUGCUGCCCUUCAAGCUGCAGCCGCAAUGGCCCGCAGCCUUGGACAUGAUGACUAUGCUGACAGGUGCAUGGUAAAAUUUGCGAAGGCUAAACACGUGUUUGAAGCCAAGUUGUGGAAUGGUUCAUAUUUCAAUUAUGACAGUGGAACAAGUUACAGUAGCCGCUCCAUCCAGGCAGAUCAGUUGGCCGGACAAUGGUACACUGCAUCAUCUGGCUUGCCACCUCUGUUUGAUGAGGACAGGAUAAAAUGCACGCUUCAGAAAAUAUUUGACUAUAAUGUGAUGAGGGUGAAAGGAGGACGCAUUGGAGCAGUCAAUGGUAUGCACCCAAAUGGGAAGGUAGACGAGACAUGUAUGCAGUCAAGAGAAAUCUGGACUGGAGUAACAUACAGUUUAGCUGCAACGAUGCUGCUCCACGGAAUGGAGGAUCAGGCUUUCACUACAGCGCAAGGCAUUUUUCUUGCAGGAUGGUCUGAAGAGGGCUAUGGGUAUUGGUUUCAAACUCCAGAAGCAUGGACUAUUGAUGGCCACUAUAGAUCUCUGAUAUAUAUGCGCCCGCUUGCGAUAUGGGCAAUGCAGCAUGUGCUGUCUCCUCCAAGGGCGAUCCUCGAGGCCCCAAAGGUAAAUACAAUGGAGAGGGCCUACGUUUCUCCUGGUGCGCUCCAGUUUCUCCAGGAUAGCGUCAGGAAGAUCACUCCCAAGAGUGGCUGUUUUUGAGCCAAUGUGUGUGUAGUCUGUGGUUGCUAGUGUGAUUAGAGAUUUAGCUCAAUUAUUCCUGUACAUGCAUGUGUAAAGAAAUGCAGAGUAGUAAUUUCCUUUCCGCGGAGGGAACUUCAUGUGCAACCAAGCUUGUCUUGUAUAUUGUGAUCACUGUCAGUGAACCCAACUCUGUGCAGUACUGUACAUAAUAUGUAUAGACCCCAUGCGUUGUUGUGGUUGAUGAAAACUUGGGUUGAUAACAUGACAACCAAAACUAGAAAUACAUAUGACUUAUUAUAUCGGAUUAUGUAUAACUGUAAAAUAUGUAUUGAAUACAAGUAGAAUAAUUGAAUGGAGAACAUUUUCCCAUGCAU